AUGGCAUGCAUUAGUGCAAUAUUUAUAAUAGAUUUGAAGGGAAAGGUUAUAAUAAAUAGAAAUUAUAGAGGAGAAGUAAAUUUAAAUUUAACAGAGAUAUUUUAUAAUUGUGUUAUUGAUCAAGAGGAUAAUUUAAUAAAGCCUAUUUUUCAUGUGAAUGGAUUAACAUACUGCUGGGUUGCUCAUAAUAAUAUAUAUAUUUUAGCUGUAACUAGAAAAAAUAGUAAUGCUACUCUUAUAAUAACUUUCUUAUAUAAAUUAAUACAAGUAUUAAAAGACUAUUUUAAAGUUUUAGAAGAAGAAAGUAUAAAGGAUAAUUUCGUCAUCACAUAUGAAUUAUUGGAUGAAAUGAUUGAUAAUGGAUUUCCACAGUUAAGUGAAGUUAAGAUAUUAAGAGAAUAUAUCAAGAAUAAAGCUCAUCAAUUAACUAUAAAUAAUAUAAAAAUACCAUCAGCUAUUACAAAUUCAGUUUCAUGGAGAAAUGAAGGAAUUAAAUAUAAAAAGAAUGAAAUUUUUUUAGAUGUGAUAGAAAGUUUGAAUACUAUUAUAUCAUCAAACGGUACUGUAUUGAGAAGUGAAAUUUUAGGAUGUCUAAAAAUGAAAUCUUAUUUAUCAGGGAUGCCCGAACUGAAGCUAGGAUUAAAUGAUAAACUUUUAUUUAAUAAAAAUUUAAGUAAUUUUCAAAAUACAGCUAAUAAUAAUACACAUACUAGUAAUAAAACGAAGUUAGUAGAAUUAGAAGAUAUAAAAUUUCAUCAAUGUGUUCGAUUGUCAAAAUUUGAAAGUGAUAGGACCAUUUCUUUUAUACCUCCUGAUGGAAUAUUUAACCUUAUGACAUAUCGUUUAAGUACUCAUGUUAAGCCUUUAUUUUGGUUAGAUAUUAAUAUCUCCAAAAAAUCCUUAACAAAAAUUGAAUAUAUUGUAAAAGCAAAAUCACAAUUUAAAAAUAAAAGUAUUGCAAAUAAUGUGGAAUUUCAUUUACCUGUACCAGCUGAUGUCGAUUCACCUCAUUUUCAAACAUAUAUUGGAACUGUAAAAUAUUAUCCUGACAAGGACAUGUUAAUAUGGAAAGUCAAACAAUUCCAAGGACAAAAAGAAUAUAUUAUGAAUGCACAAUUUGGUCUUCCUUCAAUUGUAUCUAAUGAAAAUAAAGAUUUAUAUUACAAAAGACCAGUUAAUGUAAAAUUUGAAAUACCCUAUUUUACUGUCUCAGGUAUUACUGUAAGAUAUUUAAAAAUUAUUGAGAAAAGUGGGUACCAAGCUUUACCUUGGGUUAGGUAUAUUACGCAGAACGGUGAUUAUCAAGUAAGAAUUUCGUGA